ACUAAGUUAAUACCCAGAAAUUGCUUAGAAUCGAGGCUACCCCCAUAGCAAAUGCAAACGUUUUUGUUAUAUUGCUAUUUACUCUUCCUGGGGCUGCUGCGUUGCUUAGUCACUUCAAUCGUGUCCAACUCUGUGCGACCCCAUGGACUGUAACCUUGCAGGCUCCUCUGUCCAUGGGUACUCUCCAGGCGAGAAUACUGGAAAGGGUUGCCAUGCCCUUCUCCAGGGGAUAUUCCCGACCCAGGGAUCGAACCCAAGUCUUCCACAUUGCAGAUAGAUUCUUUAUCAUCUAGCCACCAGGAAAGCAUCUUCUUGGGGGCAUCCACCCAUUUUUCAGGCCAACUUCUGGGUCAGGCUGCUCCAGCUGGUUUGGGUCUUAGGAAUGGCCCAGAGCUGUUUUUUUGUUUGUUUGAAUUCCCAGGGUCUUGGAUUUGGGUGUGGCCAGUUCCCUGAAGCAAAGGGCUGAUCCCACUGAGGCAGUUGGCCAGCUGUGUGUGAGGCCAGCCCAGACCCCUAAGCCCCAGUCCAGGUUUUCUCCAUGACCCAGCUCUUCCCAGAGAGCUUCCUGAAAACAAGUUCUGAGAGGCACUGACUGUCCUCUGUGCUGCUCAGCUGGCCGGCCCCUUAUAGCCAGUGUGAGGGACGGGAAACAGCUGCUUCAGGACGGCAAGUUCCCCGCCACUCCCUCCUCCCUUGGGGUGUGGGGGUGGAGGAGAUGUCAGGGACCCAGGCUGGACAGAGGUGGCGAGUGGGCUCAUCUGCCCAGCCAUGGAGCAAAAUGAGUCAGUAUGCAGAAUCUGACCAGAUGAGUUUUUAAUGAGCCCACGAAAGGCUUCCAACUCUCGCCUUCCUCCUCUGAAUGAUCACACGCCACCCCUUUGAGCGUCAGUUUCUAAUUUCCCUCAGGGACUGACAGAAAUCUCCGCAGGGUGUGAAAAAGGUGGCUGCUAUUCCGGGAAACAUGGCCAAGUUUGCCCUGAAUCAGAACCUGCCAGACCUGGGCGGCCCUCGCCUGUGCCCCAGCGCGACUGGGGGCGCCCGCAGCCCGAGCUCGCCCUAUUCGGUGGAGACCCCCUACGGCUUCCACCUGGACUUGGACUUCCUCAAGUAUGUGGAGGAGCUGGAGCGCGGCCCUGCUGCCCGCCGCGCUGCGGGGCCCCUGCCCGCGCGCCGUCCCCGCGCGCCCCGGGCCGGCCUCGCAGGUGCGCGCAGCCCAGGCGCCUGGACCUCCAGCGAGUCCCUGGCUAGUGACGAUGGCGCAGCGCCGGGCGCACUCUCCCCGGGUGCGCCGUCCACGCUGAUGCUGCCGCCGCUGUCCCCGCGCGCACCCGUGCGCAACCCGCGCGUCGAGCGCACGCUCCUGGAGACCAGCCGGCGGUUGGAGCUAGCGCAGGCGCAAGAGGGUGCGCCCAGCCCGGCCCGCGCUGCCCCGCGCAGCCCGCGCGGGUCUGGCCACAGCAGCCCCGCCCCCAACCCGGCCCUGGCCUCGCCGGGCCCCGCGCAGCUGCAGCUGGUGCGCGAACAGAUGGCCGCGGCUCUGCGGCGCCUGCGCGAGCUCGAGGAACAAGCGCGCGCGCUGCCCGAGCUGCAGGAGCAGGUGCGCGCGCUGCGCGCCGAGAAGGCGCGGUUGCUGGCUGCGCGCCGGCAGCCGGAGUCCGACGGGGAGGCCGAGGGGCGCCCGGACAAGCUUGCUCAGCUGCGGCGGCUAACCGAGCGCCUGGCCACCUCUGAGCGCGGCGUUCGCGCCAGGGUCAGCCCCGGGGCUGACGGCCCGGACGGGUCGGCUUCUAGCCACAGCGAGGGUGCGCCGCCGGGUCUCGACCGGGCGCCCCAGACACGGGAGGCAGGCACCCAGAUCGUGCCGGAAACCCAAAAGGCAGGAGUCCAGGCGGUGCCGGAGACCCAGGAGGCCGGCGUGGGGGCAGCUCCUGAGACUCUCGAGGCGGAGGCGUGGGUGACGGAAGCUCUGCUGGGGCUGCCCGCGGCCGCCGAGCGCGAGCUGGAGCUACUUCGCGCCAGCCUGGAGCAUCAGCGCGGGGUGAGCGAGCUUCUGCGGGGCCGGCUGUGCGAGCUGGAGGAAGCCCGCGAGGCUGCUGAGGAGGCCGAGGCCGAGGCCGAGGCCGAGGCCGAGGCGUCCCGGCCCCAGCCGUGUGUGGCUAGCACCCAGACCUCGUGGGAUUAUGUGGAGAAGACCACGCAGACCGAUGCUCCAGAGGAGGCCCCAGCCCCGAUGCCGGAGAACCCCCCCGGAUCCACGGAUGGGGACAGGGCCCUGGCACCCGCGGGCACCCUCAAAUCCAUCAUGAAGAGGAAAGAUGGUAAACCUGGUGGCCAAACCAGCCCCGGACCAAAGAGCCUGCAGUUUGUUGGGGUCCUCAAUGGAGAGUACGAGAGCUCGUCCAGCGAGGGCGACAGCGAGGAUGGCACUGCCGAGCCCCCGAGGAGCAGUUCCUCGGGCUCAGGCGAAGACAGCGGCGCGGCAUCCGACUCCGAGACCCCUGGCGCUCCCAGCGGCAAGGAGGACCGGGACGCUGAGCCGGAGGCAGAGCAGGAACCUCAGCCGGGUGCGCAGGGGAGGUGCGAACUGAGCCCGCGUUUGAGGGAGGCGUGUGCAGCGCUGCAGCGGCAGCUGAGCCGGCCCCGCGGGGUCCCCCGCGACAGUGGCGCGGCGCGCCUGGUGGCCCAGGAGUGGUUUCGGGUGUCGAGCCAGCGGCGCUCUCAAGCGGAGACCGUGGCCGGGGUUCUGGGCGCGGUAGCGCGCCUGGGGAGGGAGCUGCUGGAGCACGUGGUGAACCUGGCGGAUGGCAACGGAAACACAGCCCUGCACUACAGCGUGUCCCAUGGGAACCUGGCCAUCGCGAGCUUGCUGCUGGAUACGGGGGUCUGCAAGAUUGACCACCAGAAUCGAGCUGGCUACUCUGCCCUCAUGUUGGCGGCACUUACUUCUGUGGGGCGAGAGGAGGACAUGGCUGUGGUCCAGAGACUCUUUCAAAUGGGCAAUGUUAAUGCCAAGGCCAGCCAGACGGGACAGACAGCCCUCAUGCUGGCCAUCAGCCACGGCCGCCAGGACAUGGUAGCUGCCCUGCUGGCGUGCGGGGCAGACGUGAAUGUGCAAGAUGCAGACGGAGCCACGGCGCUGAUGUGCGCCAGCGAGUAUGGGCGCCUAGACACUGUGCGGUUGCUGCUGGCCCAGCCAGGCUGUGACCCUGCCCUCCUGGACAACGAGGGCACCAGCGCCCUGGCCAUUGCCCUGGAGGCUGAGCAGGACGAGGUGGCCGCUCUGCUGCAUGCCCACCUGAGCUCAGGCCAGCCUGGCCCCCAGCUGUCCCCUGAUUCAUCCACGGCCACGCCUGGUGGAGGAGGCUGCAGUGACAGUGGAGAGGACCCCCUGCCCCAGUGACUGGCCUAACACAUCUGGGUCGGGGAGGCGGAGGCAGGUCUUGAUCUCUGGGCAGAGGUCUGUGGUCAGAGGCUCAGCUUGAACCACACAGGGUGAGGCGACAGCUGAGGGAGUGACACAGCCCCUAGUCUACCCAUUCCUCCAGGCUUCUUACCUAAUAAAACCUUCCUAACUCA